ACUGUACAUUGCCACGUGUGCAAACAGGAUAAAAAAAAAAUGUCAGCAUAUCAUAAGUGUGACAGAGGAACAGCCAACCUGGCCUUUUAAAGGGCGUCUAAUCUGAUCAGGGUUGUCUGGAUUACAGCCAGUGAUUAGACCCAAAAAGGACAUAAAGGGGCGUGGCCGUGUGGGUCACCUCCAACACAAGCCCUCGGUUAAAACCCCCGCCGCCGACAACGCUCGUCCUGAGCCCUUGUUGUGUGACUGUGAAGCGGAGAACAUCCGUCUCACAGUAGACCCAUUGGGCUGAGGUUUGUCAGCUGCACAUCCAACGGUUGCUACUAGAAGGAAAUGGGCAACACAAACGGCAACACCGUGGACGACCUGCAGGCGGUUGAGAUGCACCUGUGGUACAAGAAGUUCAUGACAGAGUGUCCAUCAGGUCAACUCACCCUGCAUGAGUUCAAGCAGUUCUUUGGGCUGAGAGAACUGGAUUCCGAGGCCAACGCCUACAUUGAGCAGAUGUUCCGUACAUUCGACAUGAACAAGGAUGGCUACAUAGACUUCAUGGAGUAUGUGGCUGCCCUGAGCCUGGUGAUGCGGGGAAAGAUGGAGCAUAAGCUACGCUGGUAUUUCAAACUUUACGACGUGGACGGAAACGGCUGCAUUGACCGCCAUGAGCUCCUCAACAUCAUUAAGGCCAUCCGGGCGAUCAACGGCAAUGAGAAUCACGAAACAACGGCGGAGGACUUCACCAACAAAGUCUUUGAUAGAAUUGAUAUAAAUGGAGACGGGGAGCUGUCCUUGGAGGAGUUUGUGGCCGGUGCACGCAGUGAUAUAGAGUUCAUGGAAGUGAUGAUGAAGAGUUUGGACCUCACCCACAUAAUGACCAUGAUCCACAACCGGAGGCACAGUGUGUAAAGUCUGGCUCCAGCAGGUCACCUGUGGACUGAGAUCCUGUUCAAGAAUGAUGAAUCCAGUUUGACGUGACAGCAGUGUAAAUCACUAACACCACUUUUGGUCUUGAAUCUGUAAAAGACAUACGCACAUUAAAUGCACUGGGAUGACUCGGCCGACCUUUGUGAACAGGGAAUUGUUCUUGUUUAAUGCUGUUGACAUCUCCCAAGGCCAUCUUGGCGUGAUGGAUAACAUCUCAGACAGCCCACUUAGCCUCAGGUACCUCGAGGGCUGAGAGAGAGACGCAAGCCGAGCGGCAAUUACAUGCACUCAAACGUACUCUUCAAAAAUUUUAUCUUUGUCCUUCUGCACCGAGUUACUCUAAUCAGUUUAGGUGUGCUCGCCUGUGGUGUUUACGGGAGGAACGGUAGACUUCAGUCUGCUGACUGUGACGAGGACUGAAUCCUGCGCUUUGUGAGCACACGUUAACAUGAAGUGAUAUAGAUCAGUUUAUCCAAAUGUUUACUUUUUUAAACAUUAAUUUAAUGAGGAAAGGUGGUUUCAUAAUGUGUACUGUUGAUCGUUCUGAUUAGUUUGGCAUAAACGCACACUGAGGUUGAUUCUCAUUAUGUACGCUGAACCGGUGCCUUCUACUGGAAGACAGAAUGUUUCACUUUGGCUUUUGCUUGUUUUUACAAUAAAAAUGAUAGUGUGUAGU